CUUACUGCUGAUUCUCACAGCGGAGUGUAGAGUUUCACUUCUCUUAUCUGGUCAAAAAGAAAAAUACACAGACAGAACAAAACAAAAAACCCACCACAUUAGGUAACUGUUAUUAUUAUUUAAACUGAUGCUUGUUCAGCUGUUUAAGAAGGCUUCAGCUCACCAUGGCCUACCGCCUGUUUGAAGGCAAGCAGCAUGCUUCUUCCUACUGGAGGUACAGGAUCUCUCCAUCAAAUCAUCUAUUUCAACACGUGCUCGACUUCCUGGAAAAACAUAAAGGUCGGCCCUUUGAGCUGGCAGUGGACGUGGGCUGCGGCUCAGGACAGGGCACUCUGCUGCUGGCCAGACACUUCGCCUCUGUGGUGGGCACUGAUGUGAGUCCUGCCCAGGUGGAAGUGGCUUUGCAGCACGCUAAAGAGCCGAACAUCACGUAUAAACAGUGUGGUGCCGAGGAGCUGCCACUCGCUGACAGCUCAGUGGACCUGGUGACGGCCAUGUCUGCCUUCCACUGGUUUGACAGGCCACGCUUUCUCGAAGAGGUCCACAGGGUCCUGAAGCCCCGCGGCUGCUUAGCCUUGCUCAACUACACCAUUGACAUGGAGCUCAGCUACCCCGACUGCUGCUCGCGCUCACUAAACCAAGUCUGCAAAGAGUUUUAUGCAGCCUUGCAGCCAUACCGCAGCCCCCACCUUGGAGUGAGCUCUAUUAACUUGUACCGGGAGGCCUUAGAAACUAUUCCCUACCCUCACAAAGAAUGGCAGGAGUGUUUGUGGGACAGAAAGACCAUGCCUCUGUCCAGCUACAUGGGGCUGGUGGAGUCUUUCUCCAGUUAUCAGGCUCUGCUGAGAGACGACCCGCAGGAGGCCUCCAGACUCUCCCAGGACAUCUGUCAGAGGCUGAUGUCUGUAAUGAAGGUGACCUCUGCAGAGACAGAGGUGGUGGUGGCUGUCAGGUAUUACUACCUUUUGGCCUGCAAACCACAGGAAGCCUGACACCUGUCUCCUCCAUUAAUUUUUUUUUUAAAACAACAAAAAUGAACCUAAUUAAGGAUCCAGAAGAAAACACGUCCUUGUUUUCUCUUCAGUUUCUCUGUGCACAAAUGUAUCUCUUUGAUACUUAACAUUUAGGACAAGCUCAGAAACAAAUAGUGCUAUAUAAUGCUUUAAUUACAUAAUUUGUUUCCUGUAUUUUCACUAAAAUUACUCACGCGUGUACAUUCACCGUGCAAACAAGAGUGAUAUUCAUCAUCACACUUAAUAAUCCAGCUUUUAUAAAACCAGCCCUUUCAUAGAGAAGUUGCACAGAAAGGUUUUGCAGAUAUUGAUUAUCUGCUGAAUACGCACUUUUUCCUAUAAGCAUAGAAUUAUAUACUCUGUGUUUGCAUCAGAUUGCUUUAGUAAAUUCUCAGAAACAUGUAAACAUGUGAAGCCUUCAUGGUGUUUCAUAAGUUGCCACUAGAGGGAGGCAUUGAUCAAUGUUCUACUGAUGACUGAGACUAUUCAGAUCAGGUUUUUGUAAGUCUGGCAAAGCACCACCAUUAAAACCCGACUGCUGGGUCCUUGGUUUCUUCAUCAUCAUCACCAUCAUCAUCAGUGUCUGCUUGGCUUCAUUGCCCGGGAGGAGAUGUAAACGAAGCCCCUGUUAUCUUAAUGUCGGUGUGCUUAGGCCAUUUUCAACCUUCAGUCUUUGAAAGUUCAUCGCAGCUUCUCUUAAAUUUAUUUGCUCAGAAUCUCAGUGAGAAAAUAGAAUUUCCUUAACUAUCAGAAGGGGUUGGAGUUGCUAUUGCUUCCUAACAGUUCUCUAAGACUUUGUAUCACUCUUGUCUACAGGGUUUUAGAAAACCUUUGAACUUCUCAGGGCCCUCAUCCCAUUACAGACCACAGUGGAUUUAUGGGCUUGUUCUCCAGACUAAUCCUUUUGUAUUCUUGUCUUUACUGAGCUAAGAGUAACUUUGUCAUGUUUGUUAUGCUUAAAAGAGCCUUAAUUACCUUCUCAUAAACCCUAACUUUGUAACCGAGGACCUUUAUUAUAAACACAUUAUAGUACUGGCAGUGCAGGAGUGUUAAACAGUCACUAUUAGAGUGCCACUUGUUGCUGCUGGCAUGACUUGAGAUCAUGGUUUGACCCAGGAGGGCCAAGUAGGCAUGUUUGCCUAAUCUGAAGUUGGUCUGCUUUUUCUUUAACCUGACAGGACAUCCUCAAAAUAUGUAGUUACCUACAUUUUGUUUCACUCUUUAUCAUUUUAUUUUUACAGUAUCUUCUUGUCUUCCUCCUCUGACCAGGCAGAAGUAUCUAACAAAUCUGUUAAAUAGUGAAAAACAUGACAUUCUCACUUCCCGGUGCUUUUUGAUUUUCUUCUUCCAAUUUCUGGAUUUUAAAAUGAUUUUUUUUUUUACCUUUAACUUUCCCUUUGAGCAUUAUUGCAAUUUUUUACUGCUUAAUGUAAUUAAUGUAGGGAAGGCUACUUCAGGCUAUUUAAACUAUGAUAGAAUAAUAGUUGUAAAUAAUAUUACUUUCAUGUAUCAAAUACAACAAUUUACUGUGGCACAUCUGCGUCCUCCUUUGUCUGAUGUUUCAAGUGCAUGGGCUCCAUUCAGAUCUCAUUAUAAGCACCCUGCUAUUAUCUAAAGAAUAUGGGAUGAAAUCAAUAGCUGUCUGUCCUUUGAAAUCACAUCUGUUCUGUCAGGCUGCUGACAAAGCUUAACAGAAAGUCAGCUUGAAGUGAUUUAUUUUUAUUGAUCUGCUUUUGAAUUGCAUCUUUGCACAAUGGGGUACUCUGUGCAUGCAUCUCUGCAGACUCCACAUCUUUGGGCACAGUCUGUGUCUAUGUAACAGUUUCUGAUUUUAAUGGGAAAUGAUUAAAAAUAAUGUGAAAGCUGGGAAUAAUUUAAAGACCAUCUGGAAGUCAAGAACACAAACAAACCAAGAUCAGAAUCUUCAACUCUGAUGUUAAAUCAGUUUUGCUCUGUGGUGCAGAACAUUGGAGGAUGAGAAAGGCUACAUCAACAGCACACAGACCUUCAUCAGCAGCUGUCUGAGGAACAUUUUGAAGACUUACUGGUCUAACUUGAUCUGCAAUAAUGACCUGUAGGAAAAAGCGAAACAAAGACCUGCAGAAGAGGAGGAUGAGAUGGGUAGGACACAAGGGAACACCACCACUAAACAAGCCUGAAGGAAAGGAAAAAAAGAGGCAGCCCAGAGUUUGAAUAAGCAAAUAUUUGAAUAUACAAAUAUGAGCUAGAGCUCAUUUGCAUCCUCCUCCAUCCAUAUACAAUGAUCAAACAGAAGCAAAGGGGCUCAGGGAGAGUUUUAGUUUUGUCAGCACGCGUGUGCGGUGAUUUGUGACUGAAGAAAACUCUGUGCUUUACGUCAGAGACGUCAGGCUCUGAUAGUAACUCUCACUGAAUUCUGCAGAAUGCGCUGGAGCAACUUCAAACCAACUGAGAUGUUCUGUCAAACAGUGAGCAUGUCCUAUGUGUCUGCUAAACGCGUGUUUCCAUCUGUGCAGUCUUGAAUGUUAUGCAUUAAAAACCAAAGCAAGGAUAUUAAUAACAGACAAAUAAUUUUGUAGAGCAUACAUCGUAAAAUGAACACAAGGAAGCAGAAACAGUCCUCUCGUGACUCAGUAAGCCUGUGUUUUCUGGUACUUGCAAACACUGCACAUUACACAUCAGCUUCCUGCAUGCCCGAGGACAGCAUGACCAAAUACUGCCAUCAGGGUCUACUUUUUGACACAAUUCUUCUUUCAGCACUUUGCCAUGUCACGUCGCAUAUUCCUAAAGCUCACCUACGGCAAUAACACCACAUCUAAUGGUACAUGAGUAAAGGUGGAUUGCUUGU